AUGCCUCCCGAAGACCGUUACAGGAAGUUCACAAUCGGCGCAAAUGGAACUGAAAGCCAAGUUAUCAUCGAUGAUUAUCUAAGAGACAUGCACACUUAUCGCCAAGGCUUCAGCUCGACGUCCGCUGCCUGCGCCGGCAGUCUCACCAACCGUCGAUCGUCCCUCUUUGAUAUUGUCAAUGUCCGCCAUUCGUGGAACUCCGAGGUCUCAUCCGAUGAAGUACGACAGGCAAUGUACAAAUAUGCGGCUAACCUUGACUCGGAGGGCCGCACGUCCCUUACCCCAGAUGAAGCACUGACCCACCUCCGCUACUGGGAGCACACAAUACAUCGCCGCCGCUUCAGUUCGGCCGAGGCGAUGGAGACGCUUGUCAAUACGCACUUCCUCGUCGCUGUCGCCAUGACGCUACUUUCUGGACAGGAUAGCCAGGAGGCUGACCCCUUUUGUAGCCAGAAGAAAGCAUUCUGCUAUCUGCUCACACAAUUUGAAAGCUUGCUCAGGGUGAAAGAUCUUGGGCACCAUAAUCGGAAGGGUUUAGAGAGCGCCGCGGCAUUUGGCUGCCAUUUGAUGGCCAAAUAUGCCAAAGACGCGGAAAUUGUGAUCAACGCUACUGAGAUUUUGCGCGGCAUUAUGCAUGUCUUGUCAGAAAUUGGUAGCGGCGCAAAUCUCUUGUUGAGAGAUGGAGCAUUGGGAAGAAGUGCCACGGGGUGUUGA